ACGCCAUUUUUCAGACAUUGUUUUGUGAACUUAACUGCUGCCGUGUUUUUCGGCUAUUAUUAUUUGCAUUUUUGUCGGCAAAACGGAAAGAAUUGUUAAUAUUUUUUGUGAAAAGUGAAUCGUGACAACAAUUUGAAUAAAAUAUUGCAUAGAAUUUUAAGAAAACUAUAAAAACAACCAUUAAUUUUUUAUUACUUAACAAAAGACGAGCAUUUUGAAAAUGGAUAAUAGCAAUCUGGUAGAGAAUCGUGAAAAGGAUCGUGAUCGCCGUGGACGUGGGGCACGUGGUUCCCGCUUUUCCGAUGCCGAUGCACCCGGCAGUACCGGUGGUGGUGGUAAUGGCGGUGGCAGCGUUAAUCGUGAUCGCAGUCGAGAAAGACGCAAUUGCCGCAUUUACAUUUCAAAUAUUCCAUACGAUUAUCGCUGGCAAGAUCUUAAAGAUCUAUUCAGACGUGUUGUUGGCUCUGUGGAAUAUGUUGAAUUGUUCCAUGAUGAAAGUGGCAAAGCCCGCGGUUGUGGUAUUGUUGAAUUUAAAGAUCCUGACAAUGUGGAAAAGGCCUUGGAAAAAAUGAAUCGUUAUGAGGUGAAUGGCCGUGAAUUGGUAGUGAAGGAAGAUCAUGGUGAACAGCGUGAUCAAUAUGGUAGAAUAAUGCGUGAUGGUGCUGGAGGUGGUGGUGGUGGCGGCAAUGUUGGCGGUGGCCGCGGUGGUGGUGGCUCUGUAGAUCGUGGCGGUGAUCGCGGUUUUUCUCGACGUGAUGACGAUCGAUCAUCUGGUCGUAAUAAUUUUAACAUGAUGGCAAAUGAUUUUAAUAAUCAACAAGGGAAUUAUAAUUAUUAUGGUCUUUCUGCUUCGUUUUUGGAGAGUCUCGGCAUUACUGGACCUUUGCAUAAUAAAGUUUUUGUUGCUAAUCUUGACUAUAAAGUGGACUCAAAGAAACUUAAGCAGGUCUUUAAGCUGGCUGGUAAAGUGCAGAGUGUAGAUUUAUCUUUGGACAAAGAUGGCAAUAGCCGUGGUUUUGCAGUCAUCGAAUAUGAUCAUCCGGUAGAAGCUGUGCAAGCCAUUUCCAUGUUGGAUCGUCAAAUGUUGUACGAUCGUCGUAUGACAGUGCGUUUGGAUCGUAUACCCGAUAAGAGUGAAGGUCUUAAGUUGCCAGAAGGUUUGGGAGGUGUGGGCAUUGGUUUGGGUCCCAAUGGUGAACCAUUAAAAGAUGUUUCACGCAAUUUACCCAACAACAAUCAAAAUAAUCAAAUGUCGGCCAAUAUGAUGGGUGGAGGCGGUGGCAUGGGUGGCGGAGGCGGUAACAUGGGUGGUGGCAAUAUGGGUAUGGGCAAUAAUUCGAAUGUGGGUGGCAUGUUUGGCAAUAACCAGGUAGUGCAACCUAGUCCGGUAGCUCCAGUAGGACCCAAUAACAAACAAAUGAAUGCCAAUGCAGGUUUAAAUUUGGGCAAUUUAAACACCUCCAAUUUGGCGGCAUUAACUAAUGUUGUAGGAGGUUUAGGAGCUGCUCUCUCCAAUCCCCUGCUAACAACCUCCCUUAACAAUUUGGGCUUAAACUUGGGCAACCAAGGAGCCAGCAAUGAUGAUUCUAUGCCACCAGCAAAUGCAGCUCUUUCAAAUAACUAUAGCACCGGAGGUAAUAACUAUAGUUCGGGGUUUGGAGGUAAUUCAUCAAAUUUUAAUACACAAGCCGGUAGCAGUGGUGGCGGGGGAGGAGUCCCUUUUAACUCCUACAACAGCACCAGUGGAGGCGGUGGUCCCGACAAUGACUAUAGUUCAGGCAAUGCCAUAGAUAUGUAUGGUGGCAGUACAGGAGGCAAUAAUCCUGGUAAUGUGGGUGGUAAUGUACGCAAAUCAGACACCAUUAUAAUCAAGAAUAUUCCUUUAAGCUGCACUUGGCAAACACUACGCGAUAAAUUCCGUGAUGUGGGAGAAGUUAAAUUUGCUGAAAUACGUGGUAAUGAUGUAGGUGUAGUACGUUUCUUUAAGGAACGUGAUGCUGAAUUGGCGAUUGCUCUUAUGGAUGGCUCUCGUAUGGAUGGUCGCACCAUUAAAGUCACUUAUUUUUAAAUAAAUAGAAAUCAAUCAAUUAUCCACACAUGUGUAUUUGUUUAGCAGUUAACUAUAAAUUUUGAAAAUGUUUUAUAUUAUUUUAAAACAUUUUCUUAUUAUUGUCCUCUCUUUACACUCCCUCGGUUUUUCACUUUAUUCAUUUAACAAAAUAUUCAUUUAAUUUAAAAUUAUUUUUCUUUAAAUAAUAACAACAACAUCUUUAUUAAGUACAUUUAUGUAUAAGUA